UAUAUAUGUUGAACCUCGAUCCAAAACGGAAUGCGAAAUUUGCAUGGCUAAUGACUCGAAUAUAUUUAUAUAGCUAUGUAGGAGAAUUAACAUUUGUAUUUGCGUUUCAGUCUAAGUUUCAGUUGCAAGCGAACUUUUUGGAGUCGACAUCGAGCUCAGGUGCUGUCCCCAGCAAUGGCAUCUAUAUUUCUCAGAUUGGCAACAAUCUGCACGCAGAUGUCCAACUAUAUCAAAACGAAUUCGCCCUUUGUGAUUGAGGCGCUGAUGGUAACGAUCUGCUUUAGUGCCAUAAUAAGCAGAUAUAUAAUAAUUACCUAGAUGAACGGCACAUACUAUACAUAUGCACAUACAUAUAUGUAUGUAUAAAUCAAUUGAAUCGACGCAUGUAACAACAAUAAAACGAUCGUAUCUGAAUCUUCCUCUAAA